UCACGUGCUGCCGUAACAUCAAAUACCUAAAGCCUAGAAAUUAACGUUCUCUGUUAGAGAGAGAAACAACAGCUCUUCAGUUGGAAGCGUUCCUCGCGCGUGAAUUCUCAGAUCGGAGCAAAGAUCUGACAUCCUCCUCUGCCUUGCAGUCAUGGCUCCGAAACCGAUCACGAGUCCCGUACCCGACUCAUCGUACCCAGCCCUAGCCUUCUUGAUGCUCGCAAUCGGCCUCGUGAUCACUGCUUCCUUCUUCAUCUAUGAAGCAACCUCAUCAAGGCGAAAUCGCAGUCUUGCCAAGGAACUUAUAACAGGAGCAGUGGCUUCUGUUUUCUUGGGGUUUGGAUCUUUGUUUCUUCUACUAUCCUCUGGUGUUUAUGUUUAAUUUCUGAAGAUUGAGCUACUUAAGUUUUGUUAAAUGACAUCAAUUAAAAUGGAGUAUCUAUUGUUUAAGAUUGUUAGUUUAAUGAAUCCUUGUUAUUUGUGAGAAUGAGAAGUUAACAUUUACGGUUUCCCUCCCAAA